UUCAGGUACACGAAAUACACAGAUGCAACGUGAAAAGUUGAACUGCUGCACGUAGAAAAUAGAAAAAAAAUCUGGUGAACAUAGCUUUAUCAGUAGCUUUUGUGAUGUAAUUUUGUAAAGCGAAAGGACACUUAACGUUCUCAGUUAUCGGUCGGCGGCACGAACUUGCGACGGAUCUUCACGCAACGGGUCGAACGCGAAUCAAACCGCCGAAGCAGCCAAUCGCUGCACUCGUUGGAGCCCAGCUACCCGGAUGUUUCUGUGGACGGAUCAUCUACGUCAUUGUUCACCGCCGGACGGACGCCCGCUUGGAAAUAAGGAAUGGCUUUACAAUCGCUACAAACGGCCUUUUAACAACAUUCCAGCAAUGAACUAUGACCAUUGUUGACAGAUCCUCCGAAAAUUCUGACCACGAGUCAGUCGGUUGCAAGAGAUCCCCCUUCACCGGUGGAGACGGGAUGGACGGCAGCUGUUCGAGCAGCUGGGCGGUGGGCUCCACCCUGCCCGCCGACUCUCCGCGACUGAAGGGUCCAGGGGGCUGCUUGGGCCCGACGCCUGGUGCCGUCAUCUACAAUAGUACCCCUUCCUCCGUGGACCGACCCAAAGAGCAAGUGUUGUGCAGCGGCGACGGCAUCGACGUGCCGCAGAAGGUCCUCUUCUCUCCCGAGCGCCUCAGCCUCAAGUGGAACCAGGUCCACCGCAUCGGCGCCGGCCUGCAGAACAUGGGCAACACUUGCUUCCUCAACUCCGCUCUCCAAUGUCUCACCUACACCCCCCCGUUCGCCAACUACAUGCUGUCGCGGGAGCACUCGAAAACAUGUCACGAGCCAGGCUUCUGUAUGAUGUGCACCAUGCAAAACCACAUCAUUCAGGUUUUUGCCAACUCUGGGAAUGUUAUUAAGCCAAUUGGGGUGCUGAAUGAGCUCAAAAGGAUUGCAAAGCACUUUCGCUACGGAAGCCAGGAGGAUGCCCAUGAAUUCAUUAGGUACACAGUGGAUGCUAUGCAAAAGUCCUGCUUACCUGGAGCCAAAUUGGACAGGCAAACACAGGCGACCACUUUCAUUCAUCAGGUGUUUGGUGGUUACCUAAGGUCCAGAGUUAAAUGUUUAAACUGCAAAGGAGUCUCCGAUACGUUUGACCCUUUUCUGGAUAUCACUCUAGAAAUCAAAAUGGCGCUCAGUGUCUCAAAAGCCCUGGAGCAAUUUGUCAAGCCAGAGCAGCUGGAUGGCGAGAAUGCCUACAAGUGCUCCAAGUGCAAAAAAAUGGUCACAGCCUCAAAGAGAUUCACCAUCCAUCGUAGUUCCAAUGUGCUCACGCUGUCCCUGAAACGUUUUGCCAACUUCAGCGGAGGAAAAAUCACAAAAGAUGUGAAAUACCCCGAGAACCUGGACCUGCGGCCCUUCAUGUCCCAGUCGCAAGGGGAGGCCCAGCACUACGGGCUGUACGCUGUUCUGGUCCACUCUGGAUUCAGCUGCCAUGCCGGACACUACUUCUGCUAUGUUAAGGCAAGCAAUGGUCAGUGGUUUCAAAUGAAUGAUUCUUCUGUGACUGUCAGUGACAUCAGGUCUGUUCUGAACCAGCAGGCCUACGUCCUUUUCUACAUCAAGUCUAGUGAUGGAAAGAAAGAAGGGGACUAUGGUCACAUGAGCCAUAACUCCGUUGUACCUGGCCAGUCGUCACCCAGACCAGUGGUGAUACCCCGCAUGAACACCACCAGCCACAACAACAACAACGUCUGCUUUAUCGGACCGCAGCUGCCUCCACACAUGGCUAAGCAGAACUCUCUCCACAUAAAUGGAAAUGGAUCUCUGAGGGAUUGUCCCAAGCCCAGCACCAGCAGCAGUGUCGCAGGAAAAUCGAAUCACGGCGCGUCGUCCUCCUCUUCCACGUCACACUCAGCCAGCCAGCCGUCAGUCAUCCCAGAGCACGACAAGCGCCUGAAGCUGUCGUUCUGCAUUGGCCAAGGCAAACAGAAUCGCCCGACCUCGUCCUCGUCCUCUGCCAGCGGCUCCUCGUCCUCCAGCUCUUCAGCCUCAGCAUCCUCCUCCUCCCAGUCUACCUCAGACGCUCGAUUCAUCCCACGUCCGCUUAACCACGUCAACGGCACGGCGCGCAGUAACGGGGAUCACCAGGGCGCCGGGAACGGAUCUUCGUCCUUGGUGCCGUACAGCCAAGAGCUCUCAGAGGAGUCGGACCAGGAGAACGGCGGAUCCCUGGACAACGGCUGUUCAGGCAAGAGUCACGUUAAUGGAGACCCAAAAACAAGGGAUGAAUUUGCCAAGGUUCCCGCGGCAGCCAAUGGGGACUCUGAAGCACACCACAAUGGAAAUGGUUUGAAUGGAAUUUCACACAGCAACCAAAACGGUCACCGUUAUGGACUUCAGAAAAUCAAUGGACAUAAUAGUGCUGAAAAGAUCUCUGCCAGUAACGAUGGAAGUUUGUCAUCAGAGGGGACUUUGACAGUGAACGGACUGGACAUGGACCACCGUAACCCAAGCAAAGAGGCGUCCCACGCUGGUCCUGAUCAGAGGGUCCAGCCUGCUGCCAGUGAAAGCCAGCACAUCUCUCCCGACACAAAGGCUACACGUGUGUCCGAUCCUCCGCGUCAGCGGGUACCCUGCGAGACUGCAGCCGCUUCCGCCAACAAGAUCCAUUCUCCCACAUCGAGCGAGUCCGCAUCCAUCAGCCCUCCAGCCUUACCCACCUUGCCAGACUCCUCCCACAGUACCAACGGCACAUGCGCAGCCCUACCGAAGGUUCCCGCUCGCACAGACGAAAUCAAAGACGUACCGCUGACUAAUGGUUCAUCGGCAGCGGGCUCCGAGGUGCGUGCGGAUGUGAAGGAGCAGCUGCAGCCCGGUCCCGCUUCCAGAGGCCAUGAAAGGCGGUCUUCUCGGGAAAGGGGUAGAGACAGAGUGUACUCGUCCAACUGGAGCAGGGACAGAGACGGUUACUUCAGGGACAGGAGUCAGGAGCGGUACGCGAAUCGCUACAGACGCAACUACAGAGACCAGCACUACCACCAACGCUCGUACAGGGAUAUGGAUUAUUACUACCGGGACUGGGAGGGCGAGCGUCGCUGGGACCGAACCGUUCACCACCCGAGGGAGCGAGAUCGCGACCGCUGCUCGCACCACUACCACUUCUACGACCACCAGCGAUCCAGGGAAGAGCGCGAUUACGAACGCCGCAGCUACGGCCACUCCUACCACCGCCAAUAUCACGCCCGCUGGAGGGGGGAGGACGACGGCCGAGAAUUUCGCGGGAUGAGGGACGAUGGCAGGGAAAGGGACGGCUACCCCUACAAAGACGCUUGGGCGCGGAGCAGGUCGCCGUAUCGGAACCCUCUUCCGCUGUCGGAAGAAGAAAGUCAUCGGAGGAGCGGUUGCUCGGAAGAGCGCCACAGCAAGAGGCAUAAAAAGAGCAAGAAGAAGAAGUCAAAGGAUAAAGAGCGAUGCCAUGACAGUGGGAGCUCCGACUCAGAUCGAGGCUCUGAAGUCAAAAAGAAGAAAAAACGGCGGCACCAGAGUGAGCAGCGCAGUCCGGAUGGCCGCAGCAGCGAGGAACACGAGAGCCGCAAACGGCGCCACCUCAAGGACGGCAAGGACGACUGCUCCGCGGAGAAACGGCGCCGCCUCGAUGACGGCCGGGGUGCCGCCGGCCCCUCGUACGGCGCCUCCCCCACAGCGCGUGCCCACGGGCCAUUUCACGGCCAACUUAAUGGACACACAGGAAACGGUUACAGGCAAGCCAGUGUUGUCUCCCAUUGAUGAUCCAGCGUACUGGGCAGUACCAUGAAGCACUGACAAACCCCCUGCCGAAUUAUACAGCGGAGGAAUGAUUCAACGACAUGGUGCUUCAUUGGGAAAUAAUUGUAUUUUUACCGCACGUCAAGUGUUUUAACCGUUCACUUUUUAAAGCAUCGAUUUAGUUGCAGUAACUCUCC